AUGGUUUCAGCUACCUUUAAAGCUCCUUCUGGCACAACAGUUGCUACAACCUUGUCCAACCUCAACCCAUGCAUAGUAGAUAACGAUGCAACAAUUGAACAACUGUUGCCUAUUUUCCUUUCUCUUUUAAAGGACGAGUUUCCCGAUGUCCGGCUGAAUAUUAUCAGCAAGCUUGAUCAAGUUAACCAGGUAAUUGGAAUUGAUCUGCUGUCCCAGUCUCUUUUGCCAGCGAUUGUUGAGCUUGCAGAGGAUAGACACUGGAGGGUUCGGCUUGCAAUAAUAGAAUACAUACCUUUAUUGGCAAGUCAAUUGGGUGUAGGCUUUUUUGAUGACAAGCUUGGUGCUCUUUGCAUGCAAUGGCUAAAAGAUAAGGUUUACUCAAUUCGUGAUGCAGCUGCGAAUAAUGUGAAACGCCUUGCAGAAGAAUUUGGCCCAGAUUGGGCAAUGCAGCACAUAAUUCCACAGGUCUUAGACAUGAUUAAUAACCAACACUAUCUGUACCGGAUGACCAUUCUACAUGCAAUUUCUCUACUUGCUCCUGUAAUGGGCCCAGAAAUUACUUGUUCCAAACUUCUGCCUGUGGUCAUUAACGCUUCAAAAGAUAGGGUUCCCAACAUCAAGUUCAAUGUGGCUAAAGUCUUGCAGUCACUUAUUCCCAUAGUUGAUCAGUCUGUGGUUGAGAAGACAGUCCGUCCGUGUCUGGUCGAACUUAGUGAGGAUCCGGACGUUGAUGUCAGGUUCUUUGCCACCCAAGCACUACAGUCAAGUGAUCAGGUCAUGAUGUCUACCUAGGUUGAUUUAGGUCAUUGAUUUUUUUUUCUUUACUUUUACUUUUACUUUUGCUUUUCUUUUCUUUCUUUUUUUUUUUUGUUUUGCUGGCCAAUUUGGAAGUUAAGAUGAUAUACAGAUGUAUGUAAUAUCUUACUUGAGGUGCCAGAAUAUUUUUUUCCUAGGACAUUUUCUUUUCUUUUGAUUGAUAUGCCAUGUACACCAUAUCUCAAGAUCCAACUAAAAAUCUCGCAGAGGUUAUGAUGGUACAUCUGCAGAAUGCUAUUUUCUUCCCUCAAGCUGCAAAUUAGGUAAAUGGGAUCUGUGUAGAAAGAAGUUAUAACAGGGCUCGGGUUUGAGCAAUUUGUGGAUUUGGACGCUGCCAAUACAUGCCUUUUCCACUCACAA